AUGCCCCUAUGCUGUCUGCUUGGUGGCCUGAAUGGGACGUUUGUGACAUGGAACUCCAGGCCCAAUAUCGUCCUGCUGAUGGCGGACGACCUUGGUUUGGGUGACCUGGGCUGCUACGGUAAUAACACCGUGAGCACCCCUCACAUUGACCGUCUGGCAAAUGAGGGCGUGAGGCUCACCCAACACCUGGCAGCAGCCUCCGUCUGUACCCCGAGCCGGGCGGCUUUCCUCACUGGCCGGUACCCCAUCCGAUCAGGAAUGGUUUCAUCCAACAGUCUGAACCGUGGACUCACCUGGCUUGGUGGGUCUGGCGGGCUGCCCACCAACGAGACGACCUUGGCCAAGUUGCUGCAGCAUCGGGGAUACCGCACGGGACUCAUAGGGAAGUGGCAUCAGGGUUUGAGCUGCGCCUCUCGGGAUGACCACUGCCACCACCCCCUCAACCACGGGUUCGACUACUUCUACGGGAUGCCCUUCGGGCUCCUGAGCGAUUGCCAGGCGUCCAAGACCCCGGAGCUGCACCGCUGGCUGCGCAUCCGGCUGUGGAUCUCCACCUUGGUCCUCAGCCUGGUGCCCGUCCUGCUCCUGCUGCCCAACCUGGCCGGCUGGUUCUCGGUCCCGUGGAGCGUCAUUGUCCUGUCUGCCCUUGUCGCUCUCCUCUUUUUCGUUUCCUGGUACUCCAGUUACGGGUUCGUCCGGCGCUGGAACUGCAUCCUGAUGAGGAACCACGAGAUCGUCCAGCAGCCCAUGAGGGAGGAGCGGGUCUCCGUGCUCAUGUUGAAGGAAGCUCUCGCCUUUAUUGACAGGUACAAGCGAGAACCUUUCCUCCUCUUCGUCUCCUUUCUGCAUGUGCACACUCCCCUCGUGACCAAGGAGAAGUUCGUGGGCCACAGUAAAUUCGGGCUCUACGGGGAUAACGUGGAAGAGAUGGAUUGGAUGGUGGGUAAGAUCCUGGAGGCCCUGGAGCAGGAGCGACUGAGCAACCGCACCCUGGUGCACUUCACCUCCGACAACGGCGGCCGCCUGGAGGCACUCGACGGGGCGGCCCGGCUGGGCGGCUGGAACGGCGUCUACCAAGGUGGCAGCGGCAUGGCCGGGUGGGAAGGGGGCAUCCGCGUGCCUGGGAUCUUCCGCUGGCCCACCGUGCUGCAGCCUGGGAAGGUGAUUGAGGAGCCCACGAGUCUGAUGGACCUUUUCCCAACGCUGUCUUACGUCGGGGGAGGGAUCUUGCCCCACGACAGGGUGAUUGACGGCCGUAACCUCAUGCCCCUCCUGGAGGGCAGGGUGGCCCACUCAGACCACGAGUUCCUCUUCCACUACUGCGGCACCUACCUGCACACCGUCCGGUGGCACCAGAAGGAUUGCGGUACUGUGUGGAAGGCCCAUUAUGUGACGCCCAACUUCCACCCCGAGGGAUCCGGCGCCUGCUACGGAAGCGCCAUGUGUUCCUGUUCUGGGGACGUGACCCACCAUGACCCACCGCUCCUCUUCGACAUCUCCAGAGACCCUUCUGAGUCCCAACCACUUACUUCCGACAAUGAAGCCUUGUUCGACUCCGUCAUCAAGAAGAUCGAGGCCGCCAUAAAGGAGCACCGUGGGUCCCUGACGCCUGUCCCUCGACAGUUAUCUGUGUUCCACACCAUUUGGAAACCGUGGCUGCAGCCGUGCUGUGGGACCUUCCCCUUCUGUGGCUGUGACAAAGAAAGUGACAUCCUGCCCACCGCUCCGUGA